AUGAUUUUCAGUAGCGCCCUUUUAUCUCUUUCUCUCGCAAUCCCCUUCGCUUCCGCGUAUCAUCUCGCUGUCACCGACCAAAACAGCAAAACCGUACGAGUGUUCCCUCGCGAUGCUUCAAAGUGGAACAAUGAUGCCAUCUACUGGUCCUUCACGGCCGAUGCAGGCCUAACCUGGCCCUGGGAAGACGACGUCUGGGCUGAUCUCUCCGACGUGAAGAUCCGCAAGACAGCAGACCGAGGUUUCGUGGCACUAGUUGCGGCAUCUGGAGGCAAAGUCGGCAUGAUCGAUAUCAUAGCCGGACAAGAAUCCACCGACCUGGACGACGUCAUUUGGUCGGCCACUCCGGGUGACAACCCACACUCACUCGAGCGUAUUCCCAACCUCGGUGCAUUUGUGGCUGCGAGCUCUGACCCGGGGAAAUUGACGCUCUAUGUCCCCACCGAUGCGUCCGAUGUGAACAAUUUGGACAAGAUCAAGAAGAGCCAUGAGUACAGUAUCAGCAAGGCACAUGGAGUGUUGUGGCAUAGUGAGAAGCUAUGGGCCAUUGGCGAAGAUUAUCUGUACAAGUUUGAUGUUGUUGGCAAGGGAAAGGAUAUCAAGCUGGAAAGAGAUGGAAGCCCGAUCGCUUUGCCCAAGGUCCCACAUCGCGCGAGGAAUGGCCAUGACCUCUCGGCCAGUUAUAAGGAUCCCGACGUUCUCUUGUUGACGCACACUGCUGCUGCGUACACAUACAACGUUAAGACCGGGAAGUUCAAGACGCUUAUCAAUGAGGAGAAGAUCAAGUCAUUGGUACAGGCCUCGUCGGGUGAAUAUGCUUGGAUCAAGGGUGAGAAGAAUGAGAUGGGGCAGUAUGUGUCGUUCAGCGAUGAGAGUGCACCAGGUACCGUAACAGACAAGAGGGGAUGGGGCGAUGCGGAGUUCUACAAGGCGAAGAUCUUCGACCCGGACUAUGAGUGA